CGGAUCUAAUUAGUGAGGAGAAGGAAGAAGACAGUGCAGGACAGGAAAGGACUCUGUCCAGACUCAGAGGUUCGGAACUGCAGCGGAUUCUGGAGCUGGAUCUCUGUCCACUGGAUUGUGGACUUCAGUUUCGUCCAGCUCACUGUGGUUGUCUCAGCCUGGAAAGUUGGGGUCUGGAUUUGUCCUGCAGACCACUUUUGGCUCCCUGGUGUGACCAAAUACGUGAUAGUUGGUCCAGAACCACGCGCUCCAUCCUCUUGCGGGACUGAAGCAAAGUGAGAAACCACCUGUCGUCAAAAGUUUCCUGUAGCGAGUGACGGAGAAACCCGAACUGCCGAGAGAGGACGACGGACAGAUCCGAGAGAGAAGGAGCGAAGAAGACGCGCAGCAGAAUGCGCCUUUUACGCACAGACAGGAAUCUCUUGUGACUGGAAAUCUGCGUGCUGCGUGUUCCCAGUGGGUAUGCUGUCAUGGUGACCCGGGCUCAGAUGAUGUCAUGGUGUCCCGGGCUCAGGUGAGUGGGUCGGGAUGGCUCGGCAGGACGCGGUGAGGUGUCUGCGCUGUCUGCUGUACGCGCUCAACCUGCUGUUCUGGCUGAUGUCAGCGUGUGUGCUCGGAGUGGCAGCGUGGAUCCGAGACUCUCUGAACACUGUCCUGACCCUGACAGCCCACACCAGGUUGGAGGAAGCAGCCAUCCUCACGUACUCUCCGGCCGUCCAUCCCGUCAUCAUCGCCGUGUGCUGCUUCCUCAUCAUCGUGGCGAUGGUGGGAUACUGCGGCGUCCUCCGCUGUGACCUGCUGCUGCUCUCCUGGUACCUGUGCAGUCUGCUGGUCAUCUUCUGUGUGGAGCUGUCCAGCGCAGUGUGGACGUAUGACGAGCCGUCAGUGCAGCGCUCUGAUAUGAUCAGUCUCAAGACUCGGAUGCCAAACUAUGGCCUGCAGCGCCACCAGUGGCUGACGCACACCUGGAACAGCCUCCAGACAGAGUUUAAAUGCUGCGGCGUGAUGUACUUCACUGAUUGGCUGGAGAUGACUGAGAUGGAGUGGCCGCCUGAUUCCUGCUGCUCCAAUCAGUAUCCAGGCUGCGCUCGCCACGCCCACUACCAUGACCUCAGUGACCUCCACCAAGAGGGCUGCGGUCCAAAGAUCUACUCCUUCAUCCGUGGGACGAAGCAUCUGCAGGUAUUGCGUUUCCUGGGCGUGUCCAUCGGCGUGGCUCAGAUUCUGGCCAUGGCGCUGACCCUCACGCUGCUCUGGGCGCUUUAUUACGGACGCAAGGCCCCGGAGCCGGACGCCACGGCAGCGCCGCCGGACAACUCCGCCCCCCUGACCGCGACGCAUGGACCCUCAGCCGGGGCGUCACAGGAAGUCCAGUUUGAGAUGGAGCGACUGUCGUAGGCCACUGCUGAGCGGCGCCUCCUGCAGGCCUGAAGAGGAACUUAGUGGAACGUUGACUCACCUGUGAGUGGGAACUCAUCGUGUUCAUCCAGACUGUGUAAAAGGAUCAGCGAUUAGUUCUUAUAAUAUAUUUGUACAGAAGAACAUGUGCAUCAUGAUAAAUGUUCAACGAUUCUCACGGGACAUGGACGUUUGAUUCGGUCACCAGACUCUGCAGACGAGCCGGGUGGAGUAGAUCAACUGCUGUGAAUUAAUUAAAGAUUAUUUAUUGACACGUUCAAAAAGUAUAAUAAAAAAACAAAACAUGUUGA